UUAAAAUAAGACACCCCAGGAACGUACAAGAAAAUCUGCCUGAAUCCGGGCUUGCACCAAUGUGUGGGUAACCGAUUGGAAAUCCCGGAGGGCAGGUCUCUUUUUCCCAAGCAGAAGCGGCCCCUCCCCCACCUCUGCUACACCGAGGGCUCACUGGGGAGGGGGCUGGGUGAUCCUCGUCAGCUCCGGGCUGGGGAAAGCUACCGGCUUCCCACCAUCACCACCAUAUCCUCCACCCACCCACCCACUGCCUGCGCGGCCGCGAGCGCAGAGUAAUGGAGGCCUGGCUGGAGACGCGCUGGGCGCGGCCCUUGCACCUGGCUUUGGUGUUCUGCCUGGCGCUGGGGUUGAUGCAAGCAAUCAAGCUCUACCUGCGAAGACAGCGACUGCUGCGAGACCUGCGGCCCUUCCCGGGGCCGCCCGCCCACUGGCUCCUCGGACACCAGAAGUUUCUUCAGGAUGAUAAAAUGGAGAAGCUUGAUGAGAUUGUCAAAAAGUACCCUUGUGCCUUCCCCUGCUGGGUAGGGCCCUUCCAGGCAUUUUUCUACAUCUACGACCCAGACUAUGCAAAGAUAUUUCUGAGCAGAACAGACCCAAAGAGCCAGUUUGUGCACCAGUUCAUGACUCCAUGCACUGGACGAGGACUCCUCCAUCUAGAUGGACCCAGGUGGUUCCAACACCGCUGCCUCCUAACUCCGGCAUUCCGUGACGACUUCCUAUCAAUCUGUGUGGACGCGAUGGCCCACUCCGUGAACACGAUGCUCGAUAAAUGGGAGAAGAUCUGGAGCACUCAGGAAACAACCGUGGAGGUUUUUGAACACAUCAACUUGAUGGCCUUGGACAUAAUCAUGAAAUGUGCAUUUGGCCAGGAGACCAACUGCCAGAUAAACAGCACCUAUGAGCCUUAUAUGAAGGCAACAUUUGAACUUGGCGAAAUCAUAUCUUCUCGCUUGUACAAUUUCUGGCAUCAUCAUGACAUAAUUUUCAAAUUCAGCCCUAAGGGCCACUGCUUCCAGGAGUUAGGCAAAGUGAUCCAUCAAUGCACAGAAAAGAUAAUCCAGGAUAGAAAGAAACUCCUCAAGGAUGGAGUAAAGCAAGAAGACACUCAAAAGUCUCAAGAUUUUCUGGAUAUUGUCCUUUCUGCCCAGGCUGAAGAUGAAAAAGCCUUCUCAGAUACUGACCUGCGAUCUGAGGUGAACACCUUCAUGUGGGCAGGGCACGACGCCUCUGCAGCCAGCAUCUCCUGGCUUCUCUACUGCCUGGCUCUGAACCCUGAGCAUCAAGACAGAUGCCGGACAGAGAUCAGGAGCAUCCUGGGAGACGGGUCUUCCGUCACCUGGGACCAGCUGAAUGAAAUGUCGUACACCACAAUGUGCAUCCAGGAGACACUCCGCCUGAUUCCUCCCAUUCCAUCCAUCUCCAGAGAACUCAGCAAGCCCCUUACCCUCCCAGAUGGACACUCACUGCCUGCAGGAAUGACUGUGGUUCUCAGCAUUUGGGGUCUCCACCACAACCCUGCCGUCUGGAAAGACCCGAAGGUCUUCGACCCCUUGAGAUUCACCAAGGAGAAUUCUGAUCAGAGACAUCCCUGUGCCUUCCUACCAUUCUCUAGUGGCCCAAGGAACUGCAUCGGGCAGCAGUUUGCCAUGCUGGAAUUAAAGGUGGCCGUUGCCUUGAUUCUGCUCCGUUUCCAAGUGUUUCCAGACCUUACCAGGCCUCCUGCCUUUUCCAGCCACAUUGUCCUCAGACCCAAGCAUGGAAUCUAUUUGCAGCUGAAGAAACUCCCUGACUGUUAGACACAGGGGACAAUGACUAAAUUUCCUUCUUCAGUUUAUAGCCAAUGGUCCAGGCAAAUGGAGAAGAAUCUAAGUCUGAUGGGAGAGUUAGAGGGCCGUGGGUUUGGGCCUCUCUACAGCUGUACAUUACCCAAAGACAUUUUCAGGAAACACAGGUGACCCUGCAUAUGUAUAACUUGGAGAGGUUUUCAAAUUAUUUUCUAAUGAGUAUUACAAAACCUAUCACUGGGUGACUUCUAUAUAUUUUCUGUUUUUUAAUAGUUUUCAGAAUUAUACAAGUAACAGGAGAAUGGAUGUGUGCUGAAUGCAAAAUUUUUUUAGCACUAGGAAGUGUAGCUAAAAUGCCCCCUCACCUGGGCUGUACCCCGCGACCUGACAAAGCCUACUGCUUUCCCUUAAAGCAGAGUAAUUUAGUGUGCAUUUUAAGAGUAAUUUAGUAACUCUUUUCUGCAUAUUCCAUAUAUAAGGUCUGUGUGUGUUCUCAGACAUCAAUAGUCCCCAGAGCCAGGUCAUCUAGCUUCAGACCCCGGCUCCUCCACUUAAUCUGGAUGUCUCACUUUGGUCCAGUCUCUGGAAGGAGGCAUAUAGUCUGUGCCUCAGUUUCCUCACUUGUAAAACCUCAUAGGAUGGAUAUAAGAUUUAAUGAACACACAGACAUAGUUUUCUGAGUAGUUCCUAAGGAAGAGAAAGGGCAGCAGGCAGUGACAACACACACCUUUAAUCCCAGCACUUGGGAAGCAAAAGCAGGUGGAUCUCUGUGAGUCCAAAACCAGCCU